GCAGUGCCCGCUGCGCGCUCACCUGAUUUGAUCUCACACACACACAAGCAGACAUGAAGCGUUGAGUCCUGAAGGACACACGACUUAAAAAUUAUGGCAAGAUGAGAUGAAUUCACCCCAGUAACGGCAAAAGAACAAGGCGACGAAGAGUUUCCCUCUUCAGCAAGUGAAUUCACCUCUCCGUUUCGACUUUUAUUCUAUUUUUGCUCAGUGAGGCUGGAGUCCUGAGCCCUUCUGUUGGGAGACAUCGCUCACGCUGGAGGGAGGAGCCUGAUGCCUCAGAAAUGUGAAACUAUCAGUUACUGCAACCCCACCCCUUACCGGGAACCACGGUUACGAGCCUCCAAUCCGCCAUCAGUCUGGAGGUUUACCACCAUGCACCUCAAGCCAUACCCCAAACCACAAGAUAAAGAGAUACAUCGGGAAUCUGUGCACGAUGGAACAAGAGGCCUCCAUGCCGACCAGCAGGGAGUGCUCAGGAAAGAGUGGGGCGUUCGCCAGGCGUGUGGCCUCAUGGGCUCAUCUGGCAACGGCACAGCCAACCGGUGUCCCCUCAGUGUCAUCUCCACCAACACCCUCCGAUGUAGCAGUGUGAGCAAUGCACCAACUAGAGUUAAUGGGGCCCGCAAGAGCAGAGCAUCCUCUGUCUCAACAUUUACCAGUUCUCUAGUGCUGCUCUCACCUUCGACUGGUUUGGAGAAUGAAGGCUCACUUCGGAUCUACCAAGGAGAAGAUGCAGAGGGAUCUUUGGAUAUAUGGGCUGUUAUUAAACCUGGGAACACAAAAGAGAAAAUCGCCAUUUUUGCAUCUCAGAAGUGUGGCAGUACUUGCAGUAGUGUUAUUGAAAACGCCUCCGAAAUGGAAGCAGUUGCACCAGAGCUGCGGACUGUCUCUGUGAAAAACAAAGGUUGCUGGGAUGGUGACUGGUCAGUGGCCAAGCGCAGGAGAAGGUCUGGAGUUCCAGACAAGUCAAAAAGCAUGGAACCUUCUUCCCCCAAAACUGAAAUACUGAAAGUAUCUCAACAGGAGACCCUAAAUGAGAACAUCAAUCCUUGCAAAGGAGUUGGAGAAGAUACAGUCAGGACUGAGGGGGAAGAAGAUGAAAAGACGCUUUCUGUUGUGGAGAUGGUGGCAUACUUGGAGCAAAGAGCCAGCGACCAGCAAGUGAGCUCCAAAGUCCCAUCCUUGCGUAGCACCAGCACCAUCACUCUAUCCAAAGUUGGAAUCAUCCCUCCACCUGCAGAGCAGCAGUCCAAGGUUGCAGACAAGCUGGAGGUCCAGGAGGAGGAAGGGGAAUCCAUUCGAGUCCUGGAUAUGGUGGCCAAGUUGGAGUCCCAGUGCCUGAGUAGACAAAGCCUCCGGGAAGGUGGAGGAGACCUCUCUCGAAACAACAGCUUGCGCAGGAAGGUGGGGCGUGUGCUUCUGGCAGGGUCAGAACCUUACCCGCUUCCAUCGCAACCGGUGUCACCUACAGUCCCUCAGGACUCUAGAGUUGAGAGUGUCCCACAGCAACUGGAUAGCGAUUUAGACAAACUGAGUUCCCCACCAAUAGAGACUUCGCAGUGUGCGCUUGACACCUGCGUUCUCGACACCUGCGUUCUCAAGGAGGAAGAAAGGUCUUGUAUCUCAAGAGCGGAAACUAGCACAUCUGUCGAGACAUCUGGUGUGCAAUCCUCACCAAGCUCAGAGUGCAGUGAGGAACCGCUACCAGGCAUGUUGUUCUUUGCCAAAUCUUCUCAGCCUCCAUCAAAGAGCAGACCCCAGAACAAAGAGCCUUCUCACAUCCAGGACCUUGAGCCUUCUGUGGACACUUCAGAGUCUUUCAGAGAGGAGAGCAAGGAUGGACUUGUGGGUGACCAAAAUUAUCAAAACUUUGAGGAGACUUGCAUAGUUAGUCAGGAGCCUGUGCCUUUUCCAUUACGCCGCCUAGUGUCUCACGAAUUCCUAGAAACUCGCUUCAAGAUCCAGCUGCUUUUGGAGCCUCAGCAGUACAUGGCUUUCCUGCCGCACCACAUCAUUGUAAAGAUCUUCUGUUUGCUGCCUACUGAAAGCCUGGCUGCCCUCAAGUGCACCUGCCAUUACUUCAAAUUUAUUAUCGAGAGUUAUGACGUACGGCCGGCUGACUCUCGUUGGGUGAGCGAUCCACGCUACAAAGACGAUCCGUGCAAGCAGUGCAAGAAGCGGUAUGACCGCGGUGACGUUUCGCUCUGCCGUUGGCACCAUAAGCCCUACUGCCAGGCGCUGCCGUAUGGCCCGGGCUACUGGAUGUGCUGCCGCAGGUCUCACAAAGACACACCUGGUUGCAACGUGGGGCUUCACGACAACCGAUGGGUCCCUGCCUUUCAUAGCAUCAACAUGCCAAUUUACAAGAAAAGCAGGGACACUGAUGAGGAUCUGUAGUGUGCCAGAAAGACAUAUGCAGUAACUAGUGUGAAUGGGCUGUGUGUUUCCUGUUGCCAAUGAGCAUGUGCGCUUAUGAUGUAUAGUGCUUACAACCAGGUUGCUGAAACUAAUACAAAAUUGCUGGGUCUUUGAACUUCUACUCUGCCAACCAAUCACCAGUUCCCCUGUCGAAAACCCUCCUCAGGUCCUUAAUGUUGGUCUGCACUUUAACCUUUAAAGAUUGAAUUUUGCAGAAUUCUCUCUGGGUACUGCUUGAUAAUUUUUACUUCGAGUAAGCAUUAAUGACUAACUUAUUUUUUCAGUCCACCCUCUAUUCUUUUUUUUUUUUUUUUUUUUUUUUUUUUUUUUCUGUGCUUCGUAACACACCCUGACUGUAUUUCCUGCACUGAUGUUAAACGUUUUUGAGCAUUACAGUUCUUGCAUUCAUGAUUAACUCAUUGGCCAGUAGGGAAACUUUAAAGGAGGGUGCAAUGAGUUAUUGACAUCUCCUAUUAUCAUCUCGUAUUACCGCUAAAAAGUCCUGGGAUGUAAGGUGGCGAAGUGACUUCGCGACUUGAUGGGAUUGACUUUUUGAGAUUUGUUCUGAGCCCAGAUGUUUACAUUGUACAUAGCACAGAAUCCUAUAUAUCAUAACAGGGUGAUGAAUGAUGGCACGAGUGUGGCGUGAAAUGCAUUUAUCUUAAUAUGGGGUAAAAUGCCUUGUUCUUUUUAUGCUAACUUUUUGUGUAUAUAGAUAUCUAUGUGAAGUGAUCACUCUUGUUCUGCAGUGGGGCUCUUAGGAUAAACCGUUGUGAACAGGUAGUGCAUAUUCUCAAAUUUUAAGUAUUGAUAUCUCCCUUGUAUGAUGUAUUGUUUCUUGAUGGGAAACAUUUGAAUGUGGGAAGAGUGUUUCUCUCAUCUUGACAGUGACUAACUGAACACCAUCUGAAAAAAGAAAAGAAUUCAUUGCAAUAUACUGUUUUCCAAAGUGUGUCAGAUUUUUAAAAAUUAUUAAUGACGUUGCUGUGCUUUGCCUGUUAAGGCAUUUUACUUCAAUAAAGUAUAUCUUGAAGAAUUUGUAACCAA